AUGCCUCAUUCGCCGUCUCUUCCCCGGGGCUACCGGCUGGGCGGACCGCGGCGGUCUGCAACUUCACCCCCGCGCCGGGGAGGGGUUGGGAGCGGCAGCGCGGCCGAGGCAAGCGGGUCUCCCCCCUACCUCAGCUCGUCGCCCUCGCCUCCUCCUCCUCCCCCAGCCCCGAGGAAAAUAGAUAAGGGGAGUGUUCUCAUUGUUGGGGAUUCUAUUGUUCGGUAUUUAAAGGUGUCAAAGGCUAAAGCUAAGGCUAAAGCUAAUGCAACGGUGGCAUGUUUUCCAGGUGCUCGUGUCCUGGACGUCGCCCGGCGGCUUCCUGCGGUGCUCUGGCACCGUGGGGAUCCUGGCACCGUUGUAGUCCAUGUGGGGACGAACGACACGUCCGCCCGGCGCAGUGAGGUCCUGAAGGAGCACUACCGGAGACUUCUGGACACCGCUCGCCAGCGGACCGACGCCAGGAUCAUCGUCUCCGGACCCCUGCCCACCUACCGCCGCGGGAGCCUGAAGUUCAGCCGCCUCUACGCACUCCACUGCUGGCUGCGGGAGUGGUGCCCUACCAUCGGCGUGGACUUCGUGGACAACUGGGAGAGCUUUCGGGAGCGACCGUCCCUCUUCCACCGUGACGGGCUUCAUCCCAGUCCCCUGGGAUCCACCGUCCUCUCUGGAAACAUUGAGGCGGUGCUACGCCGGGACUGACUGCCUGUAUUCAGUCAUACCGGGCAGGUUAGUGGGCUUAAUAAUAGUCCAUUUAGUGAGAAAUACUGCUCUAAUUAUUUACCCUACCACUUUUCUGAUUACACUACUGAAAAUAAUAUUUCUGUGUCACUUUCUCAGAACAGUGUAAUUAAACCUUCUAAGAUUGAGACUGUGUCUGUCCCCCGUGUAACGCGAAAUCGGAAUAAUCAGAAAAUCUGUUUUAACAAUCUAAUUAGAAUUAAAACAAACGUAUCCGUCUCUCAGAGUACUAGCAACGUCCGUAUUAAAAUAUGGCUUCUAAAUAUAAGAUCGCUAGCACCUAAAUCAGUUAUUGUAAAUGAAAUUAUUACUGAUAAUCAGCUUACUGCACUAUGUCUCUGUGAAACCUGGGUUAAUACAUUGCUCUAAAUGAAUCCACUCCCCCAGGCUUUAGCUAUUAUAGUUACCCACGCAGGUCCGGUCGUGGUGGUGGGGUAGCCACAAUAUAUGAUUUAGUUCUAGGUGUAACUCAGAACUCAUUUAAAGAAUAAAUGCUCUUAUCAGUCUAGAGUUAAAUAUGGUGUCCCACAAGGGUCAAUUCUGGGCCCAAUACUCUUUACACUCUACAUGCUACCGCUGGGUAAAAUAAUCCGUAGGCACGGUAUUAACUUUCACUGUUAUGCAGAUGACACCCAACUUUACAUAUCAGCUAAACCCAAUGAGGACCUCUGUCUAAACCAAAUAACUGACUGUAUUAGAGAAAUAAGAAAGUGGAUGACACUUAAUUUUCUCCUACUAAAUUCAGAUAAAACUGAGGUCCUCCUACUAGGUCCCAAACUUGAUAAAAUCGAUAAUAUUGUAGUAGAAAUAGAUGGUCACCUAAUCAUACCAGGUAAAACGGUGCGAAACUUAGGAGUCAUUUUUGACUCAGUUCUUUCAUUCGAUGUGCAUACAUGCAGCAUAGUUAAAACCGCAUUCUUCCAUCUACGUAAUAUAGCUAAACUCCGCAACAUACUCUCUCAUGCAGAUGCUGAGAAGCUGGUGCAUGCAUUCAUAACCUCUAGACUGGACUACUGCAAUGCUUUGUUGGCUGGAAGUUCAUGUAAAUCUUUGAAUAAGCUCCAGCUGGUUCAAAAUGCAGCUGCUAGGGUGCUCACCAGAGCUAGAAAAUUUGAUCAUAUUACACCAAUCCUCUCAUCCCUACAUUGGUUACCUGUUAAAUUCCGUAUAGACUAUAAAAUACUCCUUUUGACGUAUAAAUCUCUUAAAGGGCUGGCCCCGCAAUAUCUGGCGGAACUCCUUAUCCCUUAUAACCCGCCACGUACACUCCGCUCGCAAGAGGCCGGCUUAUUAUCAGUCCCGCGUAUUAGAAAAAACAACGCAUUAGGUAAAGCUUUCUCUUAUAAAGCUCCGCAACUUUGGAAUAAUCUCCCUAUUAAUAUACGGGACUCAAACACACUCUCAGUCUUUAAAUCCAGACUCAAAACAUUUCUUUUUGAACAAGCUUUUAGAUAAAUUUAUCAUAGCGGUUCUCUCUAGCUGUAGCCUGCAGCUAUUCUACUAUUGUCCAGUGCACACAAACUUAGUCUGUACUGUUGGUCUCCCUUUAACGAUUUCUCUUACAGCUCACACACCAAACACAAACCCUGUUCUAAUCAUUAUCUUUCUCUUUUUCCCCUCAUGUCCUGAGCUGCUGUCUGGAGGUGUCCAUCCAGGGUCCCUGUGCUUUUUCACAGGCGUGCCCCGCUCUUCAGCAAAGUAUAAAACCAUUCUAACCUCUUUUUCUUCCCUCCCACUCUGUUCUCUCUCUCUGUCUCUCUCGCAUGCGUCGAGAUGUUCGGUUGGCCUGUCUGGAGGUGCCGAUUCGUGUUUGCAGCACUCUGGAAUCGGCCCUGUCC